AUGAUCUUUUCUUUGGAAGGUUUCACAUCUGUAAAAAAUAGAAUUCUAAUCCGAACAGUUUUCUUUGUGCUGUUUUGCGGGCUGGAUUUCGGAACGAUCCAGAAGGACCCAGAAGCCAUACUUGGUGUCGUUGGAAAGAGGAGACUCUCAUCUUUCCAGAUCUGUCGAGAUCGCGCGAUCGGACAUGUAACCAAUUGUUUGUGCGCGGGAGGGCAUGGCGAUCCCGUCGAAGCCGUUUGUUUUGGUGAAGUCGGACUGAGGACGAGGACAUGGCGAUCCCGUCGAAGCCCGUUAACGGCUGACGAGCCAGAAGGUGGUGGAAGACCUUUCGAGGUGCCCGACCAGCCUAGUUGUCAUGUGAAAGUGUUAUGA